UGGCUUUAAAUUCUCAAAGCAACUAAAGCAGAGAACAUCAUAAGAAAGGAGGGCAUUAAACAAAAUAAAAAUUAGAUUCCUUAGACAUAACCACAUGGUAAAUGAAUAAAGUCCAUACUGGAAAAGCAAUUCUUCUAACAGAAAAACACAAUAAUUCCUUCGACCAUCACAAGCAAAGAAUAAUGAUUCUCAUCACCCUCACCGAGACACAAAUUAUUUACUCUGACUCCAUUUGACUGUCUAUUCAGCUCAGACAUUACUCAAACACAUGGCAGCACAUCUCCCGAGUCUGAGUUUCUUCUUCUUCACCUUUGUCCUUCCUACCUUGAUCUUACGGGUUUCAGGAGAUGGACAUCUAGGCAAAUGUCGAACCUAUUGUGGGAACCUAACAGUGGAAUACCCAUUUUCAGUGGAGCCUGGUUGUGGCCACCCAGGCUUCAGGGAUCUCCUCUUCUGCGUCAACGACGUUCUCAUGUUCCACAUUAGUUCUGGAUCCUACAGAGUUCUCCAAAUCGACUACGCUUACCACUCACUCAUACUCGACGAUCCAAGGCUAUCGACUUGCCAUUCGAUCGUACGAGGAGGGAAAGCGAACGGCUUCGUGCUAGAGACAUGGCGAGCUCCUUACUUGAACCCAGCAGCCGACAAUGCUUUCAUGCUCAUAGGGUGUUCGCCUGAAUCCCCUCUGUUCCAAGGCUUCCCUGGGAAAAACUUGCCAUGUCGUAACGUGUCGGGUAUGGGGUGUGAGGAGUACUACGGUUGUCCCGCGUGGGAAAGGAGCGCUGUGCUGCGACGAACGAGUCCACCUCAGUGUUGCGCAGUUUCGUUCGAGGCCAUUCGUUCGAUAAACCUCACUAAGCUUCAGUGUGAGGGGUAUAGCAGCGCUUACAACUUGGCUCCCUUGCGGAUGUCAGGGCCUAGUGGUUGGUCGUAUGGCAUACGGGUGAUGUAUUCGGUGCCCGGUGGUGACACAUUCUGUCGGGCGUGUGAGUCCACAAACGGUGUGUGCGGCUACCAUGCGGCUUCACUUGCGGAGCUAUGCAUUUGCGGUGCAAGGAAUUCUACCUCAAACUGCGAUUCAGUUAGCUCAGCGGCUGAACCAGUGUUGUCAUUGAUUACUGCAGUAUCAGGAUUCUUAACAUCUAUGACAAUAUGGAUGGCUACCAUCAAUAUAAAUGUAAUGAGGUGAUCAAGUGUUGCUUUCUAAUUCAGGUUGUGAGAUAUUUUAUUAUUUAACAUAUCAACGGGCGAUCCUUGAAGCUUCCAUGUAAA